CAUUGCACGUGAGUGAUUUAAUGGCGGAUUGAUGGACCAAACGCUAAACGUCCUUUGUCUGCGCUUGCAAAGGUCAAUCGAAGCUAAAGCGCUACGUGCUGACGUCACGAUGUUGUUGUUGUAGUCACCUUGCUAAAGCUUCGCGUGUUCGUUUUCUCAAGUCUGUUUUGCCUAAGGUGACACUGCAGUGGCAUCAGUCCAGAAACGGUAUUGCUGUUCGGUGAGCGCUUAACCGCGCCGUUGGCUGCGUUAUCUCGCCUGACCGCAGACGGUGCAGCCCACUUGGUGCAGCUCUCCACACGACAGUUGGAACUCGUGUCACACUUGACUGGCUCGUCGCUCCAGCACAACGUAACCUUUUCCUCUGCGGCAGAAAUGCAGUCGGCGGUGAGACAGAACCUCCACUCGGAGUGUGAAGGGGACAUCAACAGACUGGCCAACCAAAAGCUCGCUGCCUCCUACACCUACCUUGCGCUGGGGAUGUUUUUUGACCGGGAUGAUGUCGCCUUGCCAAACUUCUCCACCUUCUUCUUGGAGCGUUCUGUGAAGGAGCGAGACCAAGCUGAGCAGCUGCUUGAGUACCAGAACCUGCGAGGAGGACGGAUUCUGCUCCAGACUAUUCCUAAGCCCAGCAGAGAGGAUUGGAGAAGUGGCCUGGACGCAUUGUCCUUCUCCAUGGACUACCAGAAGGCCUUGUACUCCAGUCUCCUUGAAGUGCACAAGAGAGCAGACACCAACACUGACCCCCACCUUUGUGACUUCCUUGAGCAGCACUUUCUGAACGACAGCCAUGAGACGAUCAAGAAGCUGGGUGACUUUACCGGCAGUCUGACUCGAGUCACUGCCUCAGAGACCCAUGGUUCUCUGGGAGAAUACCUCUUUGACAAACACACCUUGUGAGUUGACACUCCACUUUUCCUGGAGGGAUUUCUCAUCAAAACUCCCUCUAGAAAUUUGCUAUGUGUUACAGCACAGCUCCAGAGCUAUAUAUUUGUAAGCUAAACCAGAGCGACAAGCAUUACCUCACUUGAUAAACUGAAUAAAAACAUUUUUGCAAUUUGGUGCUGAACAUAAUCACCUUUUUAAUAGAGAAAAUUCACUCUUGUGGUACAUUCCAGUGUGUCAGGUUACAUCUCUCAGUCUUGUCAAUAAUAUUGGUCAUGAAUAAAACUUGAAUACAAAUAAACCUAAGAUGCUUCACAUUGAAAUCUCCCUCUUAUU